AUGGAGAGAAUGAGAGAAAAGGGCAGACAGAAUACGCAGGAAAGAGCGAACUGGAGGGGUUAUCUUCGCGGACCUUUAGCGGCGACAAAUAUUAGAGGCGGCGCAUUGGUAUUAGCGGCGACGAAUGGCUCCGGUCGUUUGCGUUUCGUUGCCGUCAUCGGCUUGCCAUCGCCAUUGUCAUCAUUGUUUCAAUUCGAUGCCUUCUUCAAACUAUUGAUGCCUUUUCAAACUCCUCUGUUCCAUUUGUUAUCAAGGCGACCAAGGUUAUUACUCCAUGGCUCAAUUGCCCUCAUCUCUCUCUUUGCACCUUUGCUCGAUUUCUUCCCUAAAAAGGUUCGGAAAGCUGGUGAUCCAGGUAAUCACAGUUUUGCAAUCUUCCCUACGGGUCCGUCAACAGUAAUUUUUAGAAUUAAACUAGGUUUAGCAGUUGGAAAUCAACUUGGUUUGAUCUGUGUAUUUGAAUUCCAGUUCAAAAGAUACAAUCCUACACAUUGUCACAACAAUAAAACAAGAAAGUACGUUUUGUGUUAGGUAUAUGUUUCUUUAUUUUAGUAAUGUUUAAAUUGUUUUCGGUUUACAAACAAGCUGAAACGGUGAGCUCAAGUGUUGUGUGUGUUUCCACUUUCUUGAUUCCCCUGUUGAAGCAAUUCAAUAUAUGGACCAUGGAGCUACUAGCUAUUUUGGAACAAUUGAAUUUGUAAACAUGUAGUGUUUGUUUUUUUAAUUAAUUAAUAUUUACUUUUGUAAGAUAUUUUGAACAAUGGAAUGAAAUGUGUCAAAGUUGGUAUUA